AUGGCGCUUUAUGUCGGUCUCCUCUACCAGAUCAUUACCCGUGCCGAGCGCAAGCCAGAUGUUGAGCGCCUCCCUUUUCGUGCGCUCUUUGCGGCGUACGAUGAAGUCCUCGCGGAACAUGGGCCCGAGGCGGACCAGGAUCAGGUCUGCAUGCGGUUUCUCUUCAAGAUGGGCACGAAAGGCUUGCGCGGGCAGUCACUGUACGACAAGUUCGAGGAACUGCUACGGCAAAUGGGCAUCGUCCUUGAGGUGGAUGAUACCGAAUACGAGAGUAAUCAGGAUCGUGGGCAGCAUUCAUCCCAUUCCGCUGCUGCAGACCGCCAGCGAAGCGAGGUCCCGGACCGCCAUAUGCCGCGAACGGAGGAUACAACGCAGAGAACCAGAAGGAGACGGGCUUCUUUCAAUUCAAUGUAUGAUGUCGGCGAUGACGCCACGCAGAGAAGUGCUUAUAGGCCAAGUUCGCGGUCUUCCAUGUCCCGAUUGCAAGUUGGAAAGCCCGAGUUCCCAGAGACCGAAAAACCAUCCAGACGAAACUCUCUACCUAGAGAACGGGCUGAGUCGCCGAACAGGAAUCAACUGCUGGCCCAGUUCUUGGAGAUGGGACGGAGGUUGAUGGGUGGGCUAGAUCCAUUGAAAGAAACAGUCAGUAACCAGGAAAAAACUCCUGUCAAUGGAGAAGCCAUUCGACCUGCGCCUCCUCCGGGAACUGUUAAUGGGCGUCGAAGCUCGUCAUCUGCCCGAGCUUCCCACGUUCACACUUCGUCGAGCAGUUCUACGGGAAGUGAAGAGUCAUUUAACAUAGAUGACCGUGCGCCAACUGAGAACGAGGACUACGUGAAUGAAAUGGCCUACAGGCCUAGCCUUUCGGAUCUGCUACGGGAUGCAUCAACUUUCAACAUGUAUCGCAGAAGGGCGCUAGCUAGGCAAAUUCUCAUACAAUGGUUUGAGAAGGCUGUUCGUCUGCAGCAGAGCCAUCGGGACAUGGAAGCCCUUGCUGCUAAUAAGGAUAGGAUGACACUUCUUCACCAGGCGUUUCAUUUGUGGCGGGCUGGCUUACAACAGAAACGCCAGACGGUUCAUACGGAGCGCUUCUUCAAGCAUUUGGAGAAGCGCGCUGCAAGAGCUCGAGAUCUGUACCUUAUGACAAAAGCAUUCACCCAUUGGGCACAGUUAACCUCAGACGAACGCUCAAGGGCCUCUGCGGCGCGUCGGCAUAUUCUGAGCAUCAAAUACUUCAACGCGUGGCGGGAGAUAACAGCUGUGAACGAGCUGAAGGCUCAACGCUUUGCCCUAAAAAGAAUACUGAACACCUGGAAAAAGAAGUUGCAGCAGAUCCGGAGCGGUGAGGCUACCGCAGAGGCUGUGUACACUGCGAAUCUGAAGAGGAGAUAUUAUCGGGGCUGGGUUUUGGACUUUUACUAUCGGCGACCCGCUCCCGACUGGUAUGAUUAUCGUCUCAAAAGACGGUCGCUAAUCUGCUGGCUUCGAGCUCUGCGAACGCAAAGGGAGCGCGACCAAGAGAUAGAUCACCGCAAUCGACACGGCCUCCUCCAAUGCGCAUUCCAGACCUGGAUGCAGCGAACACGGACUCUGGUCUCUGCUCAAAAGGAAGCGGACGCAAAACACAGAAAGAAGAUUCUCAGUAGUGACCUUGAGGAAUGGCGAGCCCAGGCCCGUUUGUCCUCGGCUGCUGUUCGAGUAUCUGACAUGACAGACAGACGAAUUGUCCAGACUGCGUUUAGUCAUUGGAUACUCCGUGUUAAAGCUCUGCAACAAGCGAAAGAAGUUGAUCGAUUGAGGGUAAUGCGUAAUGCGUGGACUGCGUGGAAUGAUCGGCUGCGAUGUCAAGCCCUCAGUGCACGGAUCGAGGAACGCUUGAAGAUGGAGGCGAUUUAUAAAUGGGUUUUGGCGGAGAGAUUCCGCCUGGCGCAGCGAAUUCGAGAACAACGCAUUGUGCGAGAAGCAUUUGCCAUGUUUAUUUUGAAUGCUCGUGCUAUAUCCAAUCAAUUGAUGCAUCGAGAAAAGCAGUAUCGCUUGCAUAGCGAUCAAGAGUUGCUCCGGUCCAAGUUCGCUCAUUGGCGGGAACAGCUCGCUCUCCAACGUCAACGAGAAUAUAUUGCGUCGGAAUUUUACGCCCCUCGAAUCCAGCAGGAGGCACUCGCUAUUUGGACAUCUAAACACGAACACGUUAAGAAGCUAGAACGAUGGGCUCAAGAUGCUCGUUUCUACUUCUUGACGACGAAGUCCAUCAAACAGUGGCACGCUGCCACAGUGAAUCUGUCAAAGAAACGUCGUCAGGAAGCUUAUGCCAAGGUGCGAAGGAAGAUCAAAAUCAACCUUGCCUCCAGUGCCUUGGCCUGUUUGCGAGCUAAAGCAGAACACUUGGCCAAGAUGGAGCAACAGGCAACGCAGAUGAGACGCGGCAAAUUGCUCAGGAUUGCCUCAGAGCUAAUCAAGCGAUGGCAGCAAAAGGCCGCCAAGAUAACACAGGAUUGUCAUGACGCUGAUGUCUACUAUCACCGGCAGCUUGCUUAUCAUAUGCUUACACGCUGGAUCGAAAACUCCAAGAAAUACCGCGCCCUUGAAGAACAAGCCGUAGGAUUGGACCUGCUGCACGUUUCGGGACUCGCAGCAGCCCAGCUUCGCAAGCUCAGUCUUCGGCUUUUCCAGCUGCGUAGCACCAUGGAAACCGCCGACGCGAUGCACGAGCGAAUUCUAAGGAAGCACUUUAAGAAUAUGCUCCGGCACUGGGCUGAGAAAACGCGGUUACAACGCGAAGCUCGAGGAGUUCCUGGGCCUACGGUAUCCAACAUCAACGGCCCGAUAUUAACGGAAGGCCAAGAACCCAAAACUCCAGGGCCUGGGAUGAUGCCCGAAUCAGAGCCUACGCUUAAUUUCAGUGAACUGAUGUCGUUGCCUGACGGGCAACAGACCACGCCGAUCGCCACCCCUGGAUACUUGAGUUCCCCGUCGAAGCGAGCUGCACGAGCUAGAAUGUUAGCACAGAACGUGUCGACAACUCCUGCCACUCCGCUGUAUACUCCCUUUGCUAGUCGCCUGCGGGCGGCUAUCACGACCGAAAAGACGACGUCUAGCAGACAUCCAAGCAGACGGAGCUCACUUGGCACUAUGGUUCGUUUCGUAGACGAAGAGCCCGAGUCGCCGACUGAGAGUCGACGAUCAGCAAGGAGAGAGUGA